CGACAGUCUUCUCCCUCUCUAGCAGGGCACGAGGUUCUAUUUUCCUGCCAUUAGAACAACUCUGGUGUCUUGCGGACUCGCUGAUUGUUCCCAACCAUGCUCUUAACUUCGAUGUUUUCAAGCGGUGAAGUCUUACUGGAUAGUCAAUAAAUUGUGGAUCAACUUGAACUUCUAGAUGAUCGAGGAUCAUAUUUGACUCACCGCCGUCUUUCCUACCACCAACAUCAACUCCAUGACACUAGAGCUCCCACUCCCCGGACGAUGCCUAAGCGAUGGUAGUGCCAGCAUUGCGCCAGCGGUAGCAGCCGAGGAAGAAUUGAACCAGGAGGAAUCUCAACAGGCACUCGCCAUCAAGCUUGGUUGGAAUAUCCAGGCCUCAAAAAAAGAAAUUACGUUCAUCUACGGACCGGCAGUUGACGAAGCCUGCGCCGAGUUAUUGGACGAAGGCAGCAGGAGAAUUGUCGAACAUCUCAGCCCCUUUCUCUUAGGUGCACAGACACUCGAACGGUCUGUAUUCAUCGUCGGUCUAACGGUACAACAUAAAAUCUCCGCCAUCAAUAACCCAGGAGUCGUCGUCAUCUUGGUCGACUCCCUUCAACCUCUUCUCCACGCUGGCCCCCCUGAUUUGCCGCAUGGCAUUGGUCACCAUGUAUAUGUUGUCCAGAGGGCGAUGACAUCUGAACUCGCGCCAGGGGCUAGAUCAUCGUAUUCCAGUGCGGACGAUGCCCUUUCUCCGAUGCCCUGGGUUGGGGCAGACGUCGUACCGGGACGAGCGAUAUAUGAUUUACCAUUGUCGCAGACUGCUGCCGAACAGAGCCGUGUCCAUCGUUCCAGCAUAGGGCUAGUUUUGUCAAUUCCUCCCAACAGCGCGGACCACGAACAGGCAAACGGAAACCCCCUACAAACCCCCCUUUAUGCACUGACUUGUGGAUACAAUAUACCUUCAGAGCGAGCUGUUCCCAUCUCGACCCAGAGGCGUUCCCGGCACCUUUAUAAUCAUCACAUUGUAGCCAAGCACCGGGACACAACAAAGCGUAUACUUCGAGAUCAAGGACUCCAAAUCGACCGUGGCAUCUUGAAUGGGUUACGUGCAGCCAGAGGUGACGAAUCGAAGCGUCAGCGUGUCCUGGUCCGGGAAGCAACGCAAAGGGAGAGAACUAUUUUCCCUUUACAAGAUGCUCUUGCCGUUCAUGAGGCGAUUCUUUCAAAUCCAUGUGGGGAUACAGAGUACUGUAUAGGAGAGGUGGUUGUCGCAGAGAACACCACCGUGGUUGAUAAUCCAGGUACGUACGCUCGGGCGUCUUGCCGACUUUCUUCAAAACACGCAUCCUCAGAACAAGUACGCCCUACGCCGACGUGUUCUACGCCCUCUAGUGCCUCACAGCAUACAUCACCUCGAUAUGCCAUGAAUAUGGACUGGAGUCUGGUUGAACUGACAACCGACCUUGCUACCAACACUGUGGGGCACCAAUGACAACACCUACAGCCGACAAUCGCUAUCUCAAAGGCCAACGAAACUUUGUUCACGUUUCGGAACAAUACAGACCAGUUGGAGGGACGAUAUAUCGGUAC